AUGGAGCUGGCGACAGCUGUACAGAUCGCGUUACUGUUGCAGCUGCUGAGUGCCGUCCACACCAGUCCGGCAGUCACCACGCCAGAGGUGUCUCCGUCGCCAAUCACCACGCCGGAGCUGUCCACCGUCACCCCGUGGGCAAUCUGCACGGCACCUAAUGAGACCAUCUGCACCAGCGACUGCUCGCAGGUAAUGAUUUGUAUAGGCGAUCCUUCAACUGCGUACCUGCCUACGGUGGUGGAAACAUGCGACUCCAGUACGAGGUGCAGCUCAGAGCAGGCCGCUUGCGUUGCAGAAGAGGACUCAGACUGUGCGGCGUAAUCGCCUUGCUGGAAAUAGUAACUGUCGAAAAAAUAAAUAAAUCAAAAUUUUCACGAAUAUUAAUCUUGAAGA